CUUUAAGACGCAGCGUCUCAUUAAUUCAGUGUAAUAACGCCACACGGUGGAGAAGCCAGUCUCUGCGGUGGAUCACAUCCAUGGGCUGUGGAUGAGCCAGCGACGGGAAUAUCAAGAAAGGACGAAACACAACCACCUCGCUUAUUAAAACAACCUCUUUUGAUUCUGAGACAUACAAACGGAGAGAGCGCAUUUGGAGAUCUGAUCACGGCGGCUGGCAUGGGGACGUCUUGAAGAUGUCAUGUUUUAAACAAAAGUCAGUAUUGUUGUGAGCUCUCGGUCCGCCUCUGGAGUUGGAUUGAAACACCGUUACGAGGGGAGAGUCGAUCACACUGCCGAGCAUGUCGUCGGAGAAACACGGUCUCGAUGACUCCGGCCGCCACCACAUGAUGCAGCCCCCCCCCUACCUGUCCAACCCCCCCGAGGCCACCAUCCUGCAGCUCUCCAACAUGUCCCAGCAGAACCCGGGGCCCCAGCCCAACUACCCCCCGCCCCACCCGGGCCCCGGCUCCGAGGGGGCCUACCUCCAGGAGACCCAGUUCCACUGCGGCCCCAUGGGGCCCGGGGGGGCCCCCCAGGGCUACGCCGUCCAGACCCAGGGCCCCGGGGGCUCCAUGCCCCACCCCCCGGUGGGGUACCUCCACCCGGGGUACCCCCUCCAGCUGCAGCCCUGCACCGCCUACGUCCCGGUCUACCCCAUGGCCUCGGGUCAGCCCUACAUGGCUGCGGCCCCCGGGGGCCACCCCCAGAUGUCCCAGGGCCAGAGCUACCCCAUGCCCCCGGGCAUCACCCUGAUGGACCGCCGGCCGCCCCACGACUACCUGCCCAUCGCCGUGCUCACCACCGUGUGCUGCUUCUGGCCCACCGGCAUCAUCGCCAUCAUCAAGGCUGUGCAGGUGCGUACCGCCAUCGCCCGGGGGGACAUGGUGACGGCGGAGAUCGCGUCCCGCGAGGCGCGUAACUUCUCCUUCAUCAGCCUUGCUGUGGGCAUCGCCUCCAUCGUGCUGUGCACCAUCCUGACCGUGGUCGUCAUCAUCGCCUCGCAGCACCAUGACGACGACUGGGAGCCCUAGGAGAAGAGACAAAGGAGCUCACAAGGGCGGGAAAACGCCUGGAAUAUUUACAGUUGGCCAGCAAACCGCUCAUUUGAGACCGGGCUAGGUAGAUAUUAUCAAUUUGGAGUUGGCUAAGCUAACUCCCGAUUGAGAGGAGCUAGCUAGUUUGUGUUAAUUCGGAGUCGGCAUGAAAAAAACGCCUGUUGAGACGAGCUAAUAGGCUAGUAUUAAAUUGGAACUUAGUUCGCAAACUACCAGUUGAGACUAGCUAGCUAGUCUUUAUUCAUUUGGAGUUAGUUUGCAAACUGCCAGUUGAGACUACCUAGCUAGAUAUUGUUUAUUUUUGAGUUAGCUCGCUAACCAUCGUUUGAGAAAAGCUAGCAAGCUAGUAUUAAUUCAGAGCUAGUUCACAAACCACCAGUUGAGACUCGCUAGCUAGUUUGCAUUAAUGUGUAGUUAGCUAGAUAACCCCACGCCUUUGAGACUACAUAGCUAGCUAGUGUCCCUAUGAGGUUAGCAAGGGAAACAGUGGGGAAACAAACAAGGUGCUUGUCAUGCACGCAUUUUAUUGCUACCGCUUACUGCUUCAAUUAGAGCGCAAAGUUCCCAACCAAACCUGAACCUAACCGCCAGGCAUCAAACAAACACUUGAAGAAGACCAAAAGCGACCAUUUACAGCACACCAUUUAAAUGUCAAGCACAGGCUUUUGUGCAACAGGACCUGGAAUUAGUAUUAACAUGGUUAAUGUUUGUUGAUUACAUUCAGUGUUGAAAAGAGAGGACAUCAAAGCAAAUCCAAGGCAUUAACUAUUUAUUUUUAAAUGCAUAAAUUCAUGAGCCUUUAGAUCACAGAAUAGCUCAUGGCUAUUUUUCUGUCCAGCCCUUUUGAGCACGAGUCACUAAAACAGUAUUCGCUGUCAGUAGAAGCCCAACGUCCAGAGGGGCAGUUGUUGUUUUAAACCUCAACACCAGUUAACAAACAGAAACGACAAUGGUACUGUAUUUAAUUCGGACUCCAAACAACGUGUCCGUUCUGAAUCGGCCCUGACUAUUUACAUAACAGUGGGAAUUAUUUCAUACAUGGUUAGAUAACAGACUGCCAAGUGAGAGUGUGGGAGAGGGAGCAAUGAAUCAAUAUAUAGACAAACAACCAAAUAGAGGACUGAACAAAGGGACUGUAUAAUAUUACCAAAUGUAUGUGUGCGUGCGUAUGUGUGUGUGUGUGUGUGUGUGUGUGUGUGUGUGUGUGUGUGUGUGUGUGUGUGUGUGUGUGUGUGUGUGUGUUUGUCUGUGCGAUGGGCCCACAUGUUGUGUGGACAACACCUCUCCCUGGCAUCGUACAUUGUACAUUGUGCAUUAUAAGUGUUUAAUUUAUUGAAGAGAAAUAUUGUAUUUAUUUAAUAUCUAGUGAUUCACUGGCAUUUCAGUCGGUGACUGGUCGCAGCUGUCCCCAUGCUUGAGAUGAACGUUUAGUAACAUUUGGCCAGUUACAAUUGGCACUCGCUCACUUUAUAGUUUUAGUGCAUGGUUGUGUUUUGCUGGUGUUGCAAUCAUUGGGCUAUAGUGCAAAACGCUUGAAAAAAAAGAAGUAUGCAUACUUAGUAUAUUUUUAUGCCGUUUUUCCAUUCACACUUCAACCGUGCCAUGUUGAUCAAAGAACUGUCAUGAUGGGACAACAUUCACUCAAAAAAAAGGUUUGAAUCCCAAAAUGGACUCAUGGACUGCUUGUUGCAGUGUGUGUGAAACAAAGCCUCUUGCUGUAGGAAAACAACUGACCUACACUUUCGGUUUUUGCACAUGACGCGUCUCCCCGUCCUACCCCAUGGAUAUGAGGUCACACCCGGUUAGCCAACAGACCCUGUGACUAAAGCGUUUGACACUCCACUUAGCAUGUCAACCUCGCUGUUUAUCCGAGCGUCCCCGAGUGUCAGCGGAGUAGGAAACGACGACCAGGAUCCUCGCUCAACUUACAAACCAGUCGGAACCGGACAUGGAUGGUCGAUCACCGAAGGAGCGCGGAGAUGAGGAGGAGUUGGUGGAGGAGGCCAUCGCGUCUGUGGAGCGUUAAGACCUCAAGUGGAGAAGCAAAUUGGCCGUCUCCAAGGCAACAGAGAUGGAGAGAUGGAGACGGAGAGAAGAGAGGGGUUGGAUGGAUGACCGUUAUUAAGCAGCACCCCCUCUCCUCACUCUCAAGGCUCUUCUGCGUUGGUCUCUCUCUCGUCCUCCACGGAGAAUCAGACCUAGUCACCCGCCCGCAUAUCCGUCCGUCUCUCUCGGCCCCUGAGUCCAACGAUAAUGAUAUUUUUUCAACACUAAAUAUAAAAGAGAGAGUUGGGUUUGUCAGCAGCGAAUGAAAAUUCUUAGUCGAAAGAUUAUUUUAAUAAUUUCAGAAAAAUCUAAAACAGUGUUUGUUAUCGUUAGCACUAUUCCAACUACUGCUAUUAUUAUUAUAAUUAUGACGUGGUAUUGCUUUGCUUUUGAUAGAAUCUGUGAUUUUUUUGACGCCACCGUGGUGCCCACAAAAGAGUAAAGACGUGCACGAAAAUAACAGACGGUCCCUCGAUAAGUGUCCAAAAAAAGGACUUCUGAGUGUUGGUUUAUUUAGAGUCACUCUUAGAUGAUGGCUUAUCCUCUGGAGCUCUGCUGCAGUGAGGGCUCGUCCGACGACGGGUCGGGGGGUGCGUGGUCGUCGUGCGUGACGUUGGAGCGGUAUAGAGUGGUAGAGCUUUUUAUAUCGCUUUGUUUUCAGCUUGCAAUUGAAACUGGACGCUCCGUCUUGGAAAUUAAAAACUAGGCUACUUGUGUGUGCGGGGGAAAAUACAAGAACAUGAUGUAUUUGAUCUGGGUUGGCGUGG